AAAAUCCUAAACAGGCAACGAAAACCCUACACAUGCAAUACUACUACCAACACAAAAUAGGGUCAGAAACUUACCUUGUGUUUACCCAUAAAAAAAUCAGCUUGUACCACAUCGAUUAAUUACAAGGGGAUUAAUGGAUUUAUAAGGCCAGCUCAACAUUAAUGAUUAAAAGAGCCAAGCUGGGCCUAGUUGGGUUAGAUUUUUGGGCCUAACUGGCCAACCCCCUUCUCCUCUAUACGAUGGCGACCCGUCUCCGAGGCCCCCAUUGCCGGACGAUGCCUCCACCCCUUAGUAUGAAAUUUGGCCUACAAAAACUAAGUCUUGGAAACAAGGCGACAACAAGGUGCCAAACGACCGGGUACCAAGCCUGGUACCAAAUAAGGGGGCCAAACAAGAGGGUAUCAAGACGCGGGUGGGUACCAAGCCGAAUACCAAAUAGGAGGCCAUCCAAAGGUUAAGUAUGGGAAACAAGGCGACACAACGGGGUGCCAAACGAUCGGGUACCAAGCCGGGUACCAAAUAGGAGGCCAUCCAAAAGCUAUGACACAACAGGGUGCCAAAUGACCGGAUGUCAACGACGGGGUAUCAAGCCGGCAAAGCAGGGCUUGAUACUUUGACAUAUAAUUUGGCUAAGUAUGAAGCAAAAGGGGUAUCAAGCCAACAAGGUAGGCUUGAUACCAAAAGAUAUAAAAAUUGGCUAAGUAUGGAGCUAAGGGGGUACCAGGCGAGCAAGGCGACCUCGGUACCAAGACCCCUACAAGGUACCAAGCCGGCAUGACAGGCUUGGCAGCUAAGCAAGGUGACAGGGUACCAUGACCCCAAGUGGGUAUCAAGCCGGCAAGACUGACUUGGUGGCCAGGCAACAGAGGGCCAAGCCAAGUACCAACUAAGAGAGUCAUACAGAAACUAAGUCUAGAUAUCAAGCCAACAAGACGGACUUGAUAGCCAGACAUCAGGGUAUCAAGCCAACAAGGUGGCCACCCAACUGAUGAGACGGCUUGGUAACAACCAACAAGUUCAUGAGGAGGGUUUGGUGUCAUUGAGGUGGUAGCGGUCUCAAGACGACAUGAGUGGGGAGUCAUCAUGAAGUCGGGGGUGAGAUCAAGACCUCAUCAUGGUUCAUGGAGACUAAGGCAAGAGCCUCAACCCCAUCCAGUUAUGACAGGGCGACAAGGCUCAACACCAACCCGACCCGGCAUCGAGGCCAUCAAGUACCCACCAACCCCAAGACGGGACAAGGGCCUCCAAGGCGAUGAUACCAACCAGUCAACAAGACGGGUCUAGGAACUCCAAGGCAAUGGAGGUGAAGACCAAGACAACGGUUACCAAUUUGCAACCAAGGCAAGAAAAGGGGUCCCUAAGGCGGUUGGAGCAACAAGCCGGCUAGCAGUUACCAAGGCGGUUACCAAGGCAGUUACUCCUAGUGGCUAUAAAUAGAAGAAACGAAGAAGAAGCAAGGGUUCCACAACCAAACAUUUGACACACAAUGUCAAAAUUUAUUGAACCUCCAUAGGAGUAGAGUAACUUAGAUUGUUCCCAAAAACCAUAAAAAAACAUCAAACACCCUCGUUCGAACAUUUUUCGGAGAGGAGUGAACCAUGUUAUUAAUCGUUGUUCGAGAAGCCAAGGUGCAUUCAUUGUGUUCAAGCACUAGUUUUUCCUCGCCGGAAAACACCUUGUCUAACAAAUCAACACGUAUAAGAGGGAGCUGGACGACGGGAGCGACGUCGGAAGACGUAGAAUGGCCAACGACGAAGCUUUUCUGUGUGGAAAGCGAUACAAAAUGACUCUGUUAAUUCAAAAGUUGUAUAGCCUGAGUUGUUGUCCCAAAUGACUCUACCGCUACAAGCAUAACGUAAGUUUCAGAACGUGCUUUCAUAUUCUGAAGCAUUUCUAAAAUACAUUCGUCAUUAAAUUAUGAGAGAUGUUAAGACACCCACUGAAAAAUCAUUCAUAAUUUUAUCACUCAUUUGAUUCUGAAGUGUUUCUUCACUUUGGUCAUUGCGGAUUUGCAGUAAGUGUUCUUUUGACACUUGAAUGGCAACUGAUACCAACAAACGUUUAUAAUUUUUGAGAUCUUGUUUAUAUUAAACUCGGUUACGUGAUAUAUGAUCUAGAAAUCACACAACAUUGUUCUUUAAUAAAGUUAUUUACAAUAAUAGAAAAUCUUGUAUUCAAUCCACAACCAUAUAAUUUUCUUUUAUGACUACAAGUUCAGCCCAAUAUGGUGUAAAUUAUCAACAUUGACCUAAGGUGGCUAAUUGUGGUCAACCCCUUGAAUUUAUAAAAUAACUAUCAAAACGAAAUUAGUAUGACUAGAUCUUGAGUUACACUCGGCUAACAAGUAAGGUAUGCACAUCCUAUCAAAGGUAAGAUAGUCUAACGCUAAAGCUGUCGCGACAGUGAACGCUUGGGAGUUGCAGAUUCCAGGUUCAAAUACAAGUGAGGCCCGUUGGUGUUCCCGGAGGUACAAGGCUGCUGGAGGUGACGCCCCCGUUAGCGUCGAAUUUGAUUGUAGAUGACCCCAAAUUUAGUAAAAGUUCUUGAGUAAUAAAAAAAACUAUGAACAUCCUAACCUCUAUCUCAUUUUGAACUCUUUUUAAUUUAUAUUUUAUAUUACUUGUUUUCAUUGGCUUACUAUUUAUAUUGAAAAGAAUAUUUUUUUUGUAAUUUUUCAUCCAAACACUUGGUGUUAAUUUGUUAUUUUGCCUUGUUCGGAAUCUGUUUUUACAAAAUCUACAAGAGACCAAACUAGCCACUAUUGCAUCGACCCCGACUCUCCGCCAUCGAGCCAGCCGCUGACUCUGUCUCCUUUCUCCGACAACUUCCGCUCCCAUAUGCUCGCCGCCGAUACUCCGGCGCAGGCGCGUUGCGGUCUUAAGCUCGACUGUUCCACCUAGGGCAUAAUUCACAGAAGCAACACACCGCAUUGCUCUUUUCUCUUUCCUCCUUUCUUUCCGAUACUCCUAAAACUUCAUCCAUCCUAGUUAGGUUAAAUUGCGGACGACAGAAAAGUGACCACUAUCUGCCGGUUUCAAUCGACUCCGGAGGCGGAAUUUCUGAACAGAGUUUACCCGAACUCGCCAUUGAAGCUCCCGCCGGCUUGAUUCCCUACUUCUCUUUGCAUCCACUGAGUUUGCUCUUUAAAUCCACAACUGACCGCCAUGAACGCUCAGAUUAUUGAUCCGCUGCAAGGAGAUUUCCCCGAAGUAAUAGAGGAGUAUUUGGAGCAUGGGGUUAUGAAAUGCAUUGCCUUCAAUCGCCGUGGAACUCUUCUCGCCGCUGGAUGUGUUGAUGGAAGCUGUGUGAUUUGGGAUUUUGAGACAAGGGGAAUUGCCAAGGAGCUUCGGGAUAAAGACUCUGUUGCACCUAUAACAAGUGUCUGCUGGUCAAAAUAUGGUCAUCGGAUCCUGGUCUCUGCUGCUGACAAAUCAUUGACACUUUGGGAUGUUGUCUCUGGCAAGAAAAUCACACGAACAAUACUGGAGCAAACAUCACUAUUGGCUCGGCUACAUCCCGGUUCUUCUACCCCAUCAACGUGUUUGGUAUGUCCACUCUCUUCUGCUCCCAUGGUUGUCGACUUAGAAACAGGAACCACAACUGUUCUUCCAGUUACAGUACCUGAAACAGUCAAUGAAGUCGCAGCCCCUCCACGCAAUAAAUCCUCAGAUGCAACUCCCCAUUUUACCCCCACUGCAGCGUGCUUUAACAAGCGUGGUGAUCUGGUCUAUGUCGGUAAUUCCAAAGGAGAAAUUCUUAUAAUAGAUCAUAAUAGAAGUGUUGAAAUCCAAGCAGUGGUUCCCAUCUCCACUGCUGCUGUAAUCAAGAAUAUUGCCUUCAGCAGAAAUGGGCUGUAUCUCCUUACAAACUCAAAUGAUCGGAUAAUCAGGAUGUAUGAAAAUCUACUUCCACAAAGGGAUGGAAGUAUUACCCUUCAGGAACUUGUUAAAACAACUGAAAACCAUGAUGUCCUGGAGAAACUAAAGGUGGUUGGAUCAAAGUGCCUGGUACUUGUUCGGGAGUUUCAAGAUACAAUCACAAAGAUGCACUGGAAAGCACCUUGUUUCAGUGGUGAUGGAGAAUGGGUAAUUGCUGGUUCUGCAAGCAAAGGAGAGCACAAAAUCUACAUCUGGGAUAAAGCUGGAUAUCUCAUUAAGAUACUUGAAGGUCCAAAAGAAGCCUUGAUCGAUUUGGCAUGGCAUCCCAUUCAUCCAAUUGUUGUUUCUGUCUCAUUAGCUGGAUUUGUUUACAUUUGGGCUAAGGACUAUACUGAGAACUGGAGUGCAUUUGCUCCGGAUUUCAAAGAGCUGGAGGAGAAUGAAGAGUAUGUGGAACGUGAAGAUGAAUUUGAUCUGAUGCCAGAAACUGAAAAGGUGAAGGAAUCUGGUGUUAAUGAAGAUGAAGAGGUUGAUAUUGUGACUGUAGAGAAAGAAGAUGGUUUUAGUGAUUCAGACAUGUCACAGGAAGAACUGUGCUUCCUGCCAGCAAUCCCUUGUCCUGACGAGCAACAAGGUAAGGGUGGGGGAAGUUCUUCAAAGCUGAUGGAGAGCACUCAUUCCGAAUCUCCAGUUUCCGAAGAUGCUGCGAUGGAGGGGCUAGCAGCAAACAAUGCAUCAAGUCCUCAUGAAGAGGAUAGCGUCCGGUUGAAAAGAAGAAGGAAGCCUUCGGAGAAAGGGUUAGAGUUGCAAGCGGAGAAGGUGAAGAAACCAGUGAAGGCAUUGAAGACAAAUGGUAGUAAAGUGUCGAAGCCGAUGAGGAACAAGAUUGUUGUUGGUGACGAUGUUGUAGAAGCAAAUAACGGUGUUCACGGAGAAGAUGGUUCCGACGAGUAUCAUUAGCAGAGAUGGUUCCUUAGUUUGUGCACUCCAAAUGCUUUCAUAUUAUGUGCAGCUGGUGGAGCAGGAAUAGAAAGAAGUUAGAAACGUAGGAAAGGAAGAAGGCGAAGAAGCAGAGGAAGCAAGAGCUCUGUGUUCUGCUACGUUUGAGCCGAAGUUGGACUGGGCUGUUUGUUUCUGUUAACGCUCGGGCUGAACCAGAAGAAAUAGGAAAGGAAACUGACAUGGAGUGACAAGUGACUAACAGAAAUGGGCCACAGGUGUUGGCAAUUUGAUAAUUUCCAAUUUGUUAAGGGGUUUGUUGUUAGGAAAAAAUAAAAUAAAAUUCAGUGAUGUAUUUAUUAACGAGCCUAAAGUGAAGGAGCUAAAAAUGUUGUGAACCGUUCUCACGUUUAGAAGUCUCUCAGUAAGUGUGAACCGUUCUAAUGUUUAGAAGUCUCACAGUAAAGAUAUUUUCUAUGUAUGAACUAUUCUAGGUGACGUUAUAUGGUUACAUAUUUUAUCAAACGAGCGUAAUAAAAGAUUUAGCAUUGCGGAACAAAAGGUCAAACCGGUUAAUACCGUUAUGUCUAUUUAAUAGUUCGAUCAGAUUAUAAUCGAAUUUUAUUUCGUUUAUGUUAGUUUAAAUGAAAUACAGAGGAAGUGAAAAACUAUUAACAUCAUAUGAAUUGUAUUUAUAUAAUCUAUGUUAAGACGAUCUACCUAUCUAUAAUCUUCAUCAUAUCAAAAUAAAAUACUACAUUACAAACAAAAUGACAAAUCAUCAUAUUUAAAUACCACAUUUAACGUCAACAUCCAAAUGUUUAUACUUGAACACAAUAGAUAACAUCAACAACAAAAUGCUCAUAUUUGAAUCCGAAAUUUUUCUUUCUUAUUGUUAGCUAAUUCCACCGAAACAACGUCAUUUUGUAUUUUUAUUUAGAAACUGAAAAAUUAACCAUUGUGAUCGUAUCACUCUUAUAUCAAUUUCAAUCUUUUUCACUGGUUCGACUACCACUUUAUAUAGGUGCUCUUCAUCCGAUUUUUAUUCAAUACCAAUUGAACUCGAUUCUACGUGCCCACAGGCGGUUUGAAAGCCAUGGAGAAGACAGUUUGUAUCCUUCAAUUACAUUGGAUAAGCUGGAACGUUUAAUUAGCGGACCAAGUAAGCUAAAAGGUAUUCAGAAAUAGUAGUAUUUCUUUUUUGUGUGUUUGACUUUUUGACGAAGUCCAGAUCACAUUUGAUUCGUAAACCCAUGAGAUUUGAUCAGUGGACCAGCCAGUCAGCCACAAAAAAAAUGGUUAUUACUUAUUAGGGAAUAGAAUACGAUUUUUAAUUCAAACCGGUCUGAUCCAGUCGAGAAUUGGUUCGUUGCAUAACCCCUUAGUGAUGGCAAUUUCAACCCGCCCCGCGGGUAUUACCCGACCCGCAGUAGCGUGGGGCGGGACAUAGGUAUCUACUUCCGACCAGCCACGCCCCGCCCCGUUCUAGACUCGUUUUAUCUCAAUUUCUUACAAUAUCUAUACAUAUUUCUCUUAUUUUGACUUUUUUUCAACUAGUUAGAGUCGAUCUUUCAACUUGUUAGGCUCAAUUAUCCAUUCUAUUAUCAAUUAGCUUUUUACCCGGCCCGUUGGCCGGAGAGAUUUAUUUCAUAAUUUAUAUUAAUUAACUUAUUUAUAUGUUUAAAUCAUUUUGGAUCUUCUAAAUAUUUUGUGUUCUUGAUUCAUAAAAGAGUUUGUAGUAUGUCUAUAUUGGAAAUUUCCAAUAUUUAGCACUCACUUCUGAUGCUUUGGUUUUCUAAUCAUAAAUUAUGCUGCUAUCACUCCCAUUUAGAACUUAUGUCAACAUUUGUCAACCAAAACACUAAUAUUUAGCCUAUGCCAACCUGAACCACACACAUGUAUAUAUAUAGUUCAAGCUAACGUGCGGCAGGAGUACGCUAUACUCUUGCGUUCACACUACCAUACAACCAUUGAGUUUUAAUAUAUAAACUCCGGAGUUUUUUUGGCAUGAUACUAUACCCUAACCUUUAAUAGGUGAACUCCAAUCCGUGAUUCUCUAACCUCUAAUUUAUGCAAAUACUUUGUCAUACCUAUCUUCUAUCGUAUAUUGAGUAAAAUCAAAAGAUAGUAUACCUUGAUAUUAUAUAUAUGUAUAUAUGUGUGUGUAUAGUAGACUCAAAUUUAUCCAGAUACUUCGCCAGACAUAUCUUAUCUCACCUAAUACUCAUAUUAAAAGUGCUACUUGCCUAUCCCCCACCCUCGGGAUUGAGAUCCCGCUUUUACCCCCAUAACGUCAAACAACCAUUAGGGUUGUCUAUAGUUUGAUAUGCAAUAUAUAAAGAGGCAAAUCCUAAGAUCCUGCUAUUUAUUUCUUAUCCUCUCCCGCCGCCCCCUUUAUGGAGAAUAAAAGGGUAGGGAUGACAGGAUCAUAACUCGAUAUGGUUUUAUUCUGUUCAUCAUAUCGCUUUCGUCAAAUUCUGGGUGGCAGCUUUUCGGUACUCGACCUCGGAGGUUAUGUUCUUUUUGAUUUUUUUGGGCUUCUUUUCAUUCUUAUUUGACACCUAUGGUUGUGAUCAAAGGUAUUUAGCCCCCAAAAGGGAUUGCGAUUUUAGGUCCUUUGGAAAUCCAAUACACAUUCAUGAUCCUCAACUUUUGACAAACUCUCGACCAAUGUUGUAAAGAUUAGGACUUUUUAGUGAGAAAUUUUUAGUAAAGAUACAUCAUUAUCGGAUCAAUUUAUUAAUCCAUAUUGAAACUAGACACACACCGUAGCCCUCGUGAUAAUUAAAUUCUAUAAUCUCGACUCGUUUCCAUUUUGGAUGUUAGUUUUUUUAUUAAGACACUUAAAUUUAGUAUAUAUUAUACAAUAUGUAUCAAUUGUUAAUUUUGAAGUUUAGAUGAAACUUCAACCCGUGGUCAUUGUUUAUAUGUUGGCUUAGAAUCUCAAUCUAAGACACUCGCACACACUAUCGAGGAUUUUGGUCUUAACAUGGUCGUUGAAUGUGUAAUUUUCAAAGAUUUUAUCACUUAUAUAUAAAUAUUUGAUAAAUAGUGUCUACAGUACACACAUAUUUCAAGUGCAUUUAAAAUGUCUUAUCAUUUGAACAAUAUCGGUGGAGUUCAUUUGAUUAUUUGCAUUAACUUAUUAUCUAUACAACAUAUAUCAAUUCGUAUUUCUCGAGUUUGGACGAACUGACAACCAAUUUUGAGAGUUGAGAUUAUUGGAUAAAGAUACUUGAUUUCUGGAUAAAUAUGUUUAUCCCAAUUGACUAUCUUACUAAAAAUUGUCAACCUUUAAUUGGUAAAUGUCUAGGUUAGUAGAUGAUGAAACGCGAUGUUUAUCGUAGAUUCUCGACAAAGAUUCUCUAACCUUCCUUUAUGUUAUUUUUCCAGAAAUCUUGUGUCUCAUCCUAGGGUAUGAAGUCAAAGUUCGUCAACAAUCAUACUUAAGUCAUUUUGAAAAUUUUGAUUUAUGAUCGUUGACGAUAACUCCAAGUAUGAAAGAAAAUUUCUUAACGUACGACUUAGGACCUCAAUAGAGCUUGCUCAAUCAACAUGAUAUAGAACAAAUAUUAUUAAUGUGAUCUUAGGACACAUUAUAAAAUUAUUGCACAUGCGAUUUCUCUUCAUUUGAGAAGUUUAAGGUAGAACAUGAUCUGAGGUAUAAUAAGUCAUUUUUAAAUAAAUAACUAUAACUACUUGAUCAAGUAAUAUAUUAUAAUAAAUAACUAUAACAUGAUCUGACAUUUUGCUAAAUAAUAAUUUUAUUAUUUUAUAGACAUAUAAUUUACAAAUAAGAGAGUGUUUCAUUGCAACAAAAUAUAAAGUAAUAUAUUUUAUUUUUCACAGGUAAUUGAAUGUUAAAUUUUUAUUUUCUCUCUUUCAUAUAAAUUUUGUUUAAUCGAAAAAACAUUAUUGUUUAUGUGUAUGUUUGUAUAAUUUUUUCAUCAAAAUGUAACUUAUCAUUAAAUUUUAGUAAAAAUGAGUAAAAAUUUUACUUCAUAAGGUUUAAUCAGAUAUUUUUUAUUUAAACAAAUGUGGUAUAUGUUACUUUUGUUUUCUUUUUUCAUAUUUUUUUUACUGGAAAAAAAAUUAUUAUUAAUGUGUGUUUGGUUAAGUUUAUCAACAUGUAACUUAUUAUUACAGAAAAAAGAAUAAAUGGAUAAAAGAAAUGGAAAUAUUAAAGAAGAGAGAGGUAGCUCCAUAAAUACAUUAACAACUAAUUUUUUUGUUUGUUAAAAAAUUGUCCAACUUGGCAAAUUGUGGAUUCUCCAAGUGCUUAUGUGGCAAUAUAUUGUUUUUGAAUUGCCAUAAUAUAUAAUAUAGAUAGAUAGAUAGAUAUAGAUAUAGAUAUUUUUCAUUCUUAAAGUGUUUUUCCCUACGUUUUAUUGUAAAAAAUAAAAUUUACUUAUAUUUUUUUCAAUAGCAUGUAAGAGUGGGUCGACCCGCCCCGCCCCGUACCCACACGGGUUUUACCCGACCCGCCCCAACCCGUAAUAAUGAGGGACGGGACAUGAAAAUUGAGGUACCCGCCCGACCCCAUUUCCAUCACUAACCCCCUAAACAAAGUCAACCACGCGGCUGCUAGAAUGAUCGUUGGUCAGCAGGCGUGUGCCGCGAAUGCGCGCCUUUACUGGCCUGGCCUGGCAGCCCAUGAGCCCACCCAUGCCGUUAACGGGACCGCACCGCACACUUUCUCUGACUUUCCCGCCAAACUACCUUAACCAAAACUACCCACCCCACCGCCCCCGGCAAAACUGUACUACUGGUCAGUUUUCCUCUUUUAUGGUUUAACUGGUCAAUUUUGUUAAACAAAUCAAAUUUAAAAACCAACAUGUAACAUUAAUUUUGAUAAACAAUGCACAUGUGCUAAUUGCUAUUGAUUUCCCUAAAGCAGAGCUUAAACAAUGUUUUCACUUUCCAAAGGAAGAUUCUAAAUUUGAUUUGUUUCCCGUCCUCAUACAAAUACAAAUUGGCUAAACACAACAACUAGGUGGGCUGAAUCAAUUUGACUACGGCAAAGUUGAGACAACCAACUCGUAUUGAUCCCGUUUAAUUAUCACAGUGUGAUCUAACGACUCAUUAUAACGUACAACACGAUCCAACGACAUCAACACGUGUUGAACGCUUCGUGUUAGCAUCGUACCAUAAUCGGGAUUCCCAUAUUUUGACCAUAAUCGUGUUACCGACUCCUCCGGUUUCCCUCCCUCUUUCCCAAAUAAAUAUCAUUCACACAGUAAGUAAUUACUACUAAUUAAUCACCUGCAACUGAAUUAAUUAUCAUACAAUAAUUACGGCGUCGAAGCAUAAUUGUCCGUAGAAUUGCGGAGUAGGAAGAAGACAGGAAGCAGCAGAGCAGAAGCGGGCACCGCGCCAUUGCCACAGCCAUCUCCCCCCCAAUCAACUAACUGCCAACCGCGCGCCCAUCAACAAUUUCAGCAUCAACUUCCCAACAACGCCAAGCAUUCUUAUUAUUAUAUUUAUUCCACUGAGCCUCCGACUUAAAGACUUUCUGAUUGAUCUCGUUCGUCGUCACUAUUCUCCUGCAAAAUCUUGCUUCUACUUCGUUUCCGAUUCGAUCUCUGAUCAUCGGCAUAGCGAGAGGUACUGGAAGGAGGGAAAAAACCAGAGGUAUCGAUAGUAAGUAGGUAGCUGAUGGCGGC